AUGGAGGCGUAUGAUCUCCUGGGGUUCACGGGAGCGAUAGGGUCAACCGACGUCACCCACAUCCGGUGGANGUUCACGGGAGCGAUAGGGUCAACCGACGUCACCCAUAUCCGGUGGGCGUGCUGCCCCUAUUCUUGGGCAAGGCAGUACACGGGGAAGGAAGGGUUCCCGAGUAUCGCGUACCAGGCGAUCGUAGAUCACACCGGACGCGUCCUUGCCGACGAAGGGUCUCGCCGGUGCCAUGAACGACAAGACCAUCAUCCGGUGUACACGCUCUUCGACAAGAACGGCCAACCUUUCGAGCGCAAAGGAAACUACAGCAUUGUGGGCAACGGGCUACUCCGCCACCGACCUGUUGCUACCGAGGCACCCCCGAGAACCGACGCCCUACACACCACCACCACCACAGGGAGUGCAAACACGACCAUCAACUUUGGUGUUGAAAUAUCAGCGGCUGUCCCCCUGGUGCUAUUUUCCUUUCUGCUCGGGUAUACAGCGUGGUAGACCCCACCUCUGGAGUGGGACGGUUAAAGUUAGGGUAUCAUCACGGUUUGGUCAACCGCUGUUU